CAGAUACAUUAAGGGAAAAGGUAUAUAAGGAGAAGAAUGCAUCAGAGUCUUCAUCUCAUCUCGUCUGGCAGAAGAAAGCAUCCAAGCUCUUAUUUUUUGCUACAAUCAACUCUUCCGUUAACACCCAACCAAACCAUAAUGGCUUCCAAGGUGCUCAUCAUGAUCUUUGCUGCUGCCAUGGCAACCGCCUUGGUUACCGCCGAAGCGUUCGACGAUCUCACAGGCGCCGAUCUGGAUGAGAUUCUGGGCUUGAUUUCUAAGAGGGUUGAUUCAAACGACGCCGGAAUGGUGUUCGACGAGGGCUUCGACGAAAUGGACAAACGAGGACGAGGAGGGAGGAUGUUUUUCCGCUGUACACACCCUCUGAAUGGCUUUAACUGCAUCUGUGACAAGCGAUUCCGCGAGACCAGCCCAAAAUACUACAGAGUGUGCGGAUACGGCGGAGGUCAGUAGACGGAGACCUAUCAUGGCUGACCACCGGGUAGCACAUUGAAGGACCGAAAGUUGAACAAACCAAGACCCGGCUGGACCGAGAUCCGGUUAACAAUGAAGACAACACGUCCGAACAACAUACAGAUUGCAAACAAUUAAACUACUAAAUGAUUUUUGGGAAAAAAAACGUGUCGAAUACACAUUGGAUAGAAUGGUUGUCCUAUCCAUACGCCUUUACCUUGGUAACUUCACAAAUAUUGGGUAGGACGACCGUUCUUGUCAGACAGAGACUAACAUGACUAAUAUAAGCUCGCUUCCGAUAGCAGACUUUUACAUUUACAAUAUUCAUCAUGCUCUCUACAGAUAUUUCUCUUCAAACUGUUCAACUAUUAUAAUACGAGUGUGCCUGCGAACUGAUUUCUUUCGUUGUUUAAGGUGCACGAAUUGAUAUUCACCUCAACGUCACGUGACACCAAUCUAUUAUGACGUAUCAAUGCGUGCACCACUUUGUACUUCCCUUUUUAUAUUACAUUUUUAUAUACAAUUAUGAAUACCGUUUGUGAAAUGUAACAUUAUUUUGAAGCACAAUUUGUUUAAAUUGGUAAUUAUGAUUUACUAAAAAGCAUU